UAUUAUUUCCUGCCUUUACAACGUAUUAUAAACUAGUGCGAAUAUAUAUGAUUUCCUUUUAAGCGAAUGUAAUUUUCUACGCGUAUACUCGUAUUCGUCAUACGGACAUAAUUUCUAACAGAUUUACCAUUUCCUAUAUUCAAACAGGAAGAUGAUUGUUUUUAGAAUGAAGAAGGAAUUGAACUCGGAAAAAGGAAUUACGGUUUAUAAUUUACUUUCCGUCAGAACUUUAUGCGACAAGUUUUGGAGGAAAACGAAAAUUAAAGUGUCAAAUGCGAUUCUAAAAAUGAACAAUGCGAAUUACGCUAAAGAGAAGCGUAAAAAACCCGAAAAUCGGGGAAAUAAUAUCGAAUGGUUACGAGCGAUGGCCGAAGCUAUGAGAAUUGCCAGAGAGAAAGAGCAACAAAGACUUAGAAGAGAACUAACCAAGAUGGCAAUUCGAGCUAAAAGAUGAUAUAUAUUACUUAAAAUAUUUGAAUUUAAUUACGACCAGUUAAAAAGUUAAACUAAUUCGUUUAAAAUUUAAUCGAGUGAUUAUAAUAAUUGAUUUAAGUAAUUGCGAUUUGCCAUAUUCGAUGGUUAUUAUAAGUAAUAAGAUUCAAAUUAUUACCAAGCUUUUCCCGAAAUUUAAUAUUAUUUAAGAAUUUUUAAAACCCAUUUUUGUACAUUUAAACUCGAUCUGGGCCGCUAAUAAUAUUAAGUCGUGUCCGAGGGAUUUGUUUAAUAUUUUAAAAUAAUUUAAUUAAAUAUAAAAGGUUAAGAGUCGGUAAUUUAAGGAUUUGCAAAUAUCGUAUGUAAAAACUAUAAAUGGUUGAUAUUUGUUAGAAAAUUGGAAAUAAAAUUCCGUUUCCUCAA